AUGAGUAAAGCACACAUCAGCGAAUUUUGGACUUAUUUUACAAUAUGUGAUGCUGAAAAUGUUAAUUGCAAAUUGUGUGAUAAAAAGUACUCGCGCAAAGGCAGGACCACUAGUGCUAUGAGAAAUCACCUGGAAGCUAAAUACAAAAAUGAAUAUGAAGAAUUGAAAAAAAGAGAACAUGAAAAGCAAUAUGCUGCUAAAAUUAAUUCUUUGGCGUCCUCUUCGCGACAAUCAAAUCCAACUUGUUUUAAAGAAGGGCUUAAGUCACAAGAAUCGAUCAUUGCAGCCAUUAACAAAUGUAAAAAGAUAGCAACACAUUUUCACCACUCUAAUGUAGCUCAAGAUGAACUUGUUAAUCUACAAGAAAAGCUUAAUCAACCAAAGCUCAAGAUAAUCCAAGAGUGUGUUACGAGGUGCAAUAGCACCUUUUACAUGCUAGAACGCAUUUUGAAAAACAAAGAUUCGCUGUGCCUUUAUGCUUCCACCAGCAACAAAAUUUCACAACUAACUUCAGAAGAAUGGAUACUUGUGGAAAAAUUGAUUACAUUGCUUCAACCUUUUGAAGAAAUAACUCGAGAACUAAGUGCAGCCAAUGUUUCCAUAUCAUCUGUGAUUCUGUUAUUGGCCACUCUGGAAAAGGUGAUUGAUGAAUAUAAUGCAUUCUGUUAG